AUGGUGGACGGGUCCGAAGGUGCUGUUACGUUGCGUAGCCUGAUUGAAAACGAGAUCCCGGACGGCAGAUCGAAUCUGGAAAGCAGUUGUUCAAAUUUAGAACGGGUUGCUGCUUACUGUGAAGCAAAUUAUGCACAGGCACAAAAUAAAAAGGCGGCAUUUGAUGAAACAAGACGAUAUGUAGUGCAAAGUCUUGCUAGUGUAGCAUAUCAGGUGAAUACUUUGGCGUAUGCUCUAUUACAUGCACUCGAUUUGCAAACUGAUAAAAUCAAUAACAUGGCAUCGCAGGUUCGGAACGUGGGAGAAAUCGUUGCAAUUCAUAAAGAGAAAGUAGCGAGGAGGGAAAUCGGAGUAUUAGCAAUAAACAAAUGUAUCCAGAGACAACACAAAGUUAUCGCAAUUGGAGUUCAGGAACCUCCUCAACGUUACCAACGUACUCCAAUCGAUUAUUCGGUAUUGGAUAAUUUGGGACAUGGUGUUAAAACUCCUGAGCCAGCGAAUCGUUCAUUUGCAACACGCGUGGUCUCGACUAUAUCUCAUGGAAACACUAGUGCACAUUAUCCGGUUUUUCCUAAUUUUGAACAAUUGCUCCCUAAAGCAAAUAUCACUGCUACGCUUUCCCGCUCAUCGACGACACGUGGAGAUCACUAUCGUAUGCCACAAGUGGCUACGACGCCAGUUAUAGAUCCUCAAAGAUUUUCUACUGUUACACACGGAAGCCAAAACUAUAAUGGUACUUCAAAUGCAUCAAAUUAUGGUACUAUAAACAGAAAAAGAGAUUCGCAGCAAUCCAUGCCUCUUCCUCCUCCUCAAUUGGCAUCAGUAGCCCAGUAUAGGUUGUCAUCGAAUAGUUUAGAUGGACUUCCACCACCACCUACUUCUGUGAUGAUGGACGAUGAACCACUACCACCUCCUCCAAUGAAGGCUACAAUGACGCCAAUUUACGAGUCAACAUCAUCAAAAAACCAUUGCACGCCAUCUGGUAACGGCCGCUCACCUUUUCUACUUGGAUCUCCAUUUGACCGUUCAUAUGAUUGGAUCCCAAAAAUUUAUAUUGAGAAAGCAGUUGCGCUGUACGAUUACGAAGCAGAAAAACCGGACGAAUUAACCCUUAGAGAAAACUGCAUCGUCUAUGUUUUACGAAAGAAUGAAGAUGGUUGGUACGAGGGUGUACUUAAUGGGUGUACUGGACUGUUUCCAGGAAAUUAUGUCCAAGCAAUUAAUUGA